UUUUGAAGGAUAUCAUGUGACACAAUCUUAAAGUUGCUGAGUUGUUGGCAUUUCGGUGAUGUUUGUGUCGUAGACUUGAAUUACUAAUGGGCUUAUGUAAGUGUGAACGGAGACGGGUGACUAACCUGUUUUGCUUCGAGCACCGGGUCAACGUGUGUGAGUUUUGUUUGGUGGCAAAUCACCACAAGUGCAUUGUUAAAUCCUAUCUUCGAUGGAUAAAAGACAGUGAUUUUAACCCGUCAUGUAGCAUUUGUCACGAGCCUUUCGAAGCGAAUCCUUCCAAAAAAUGUAUCCGUUUAGUGUGCCUUGAUGUUUUCCAUUGGAAUUGCCUCAAUAAUUAUGUGAUGAGCUUGCCACCAACAACAACCCCAGCAGGUUUUUUGUGCCCGUUGUGUGGCCAACCAAUCAUUCCUCAGGCUAAUCAUGGCGGUCCUGUCGCAGAAGCGCUCAGAUCAUGUUUAAGCGAAGUUGAUUGGGCCAAAGAAAGUUUGAGCGAAAUAAGGCCUUUUUUCCAUCUGGAAGGUCACCCAAAGUCCACGUCAACACCUAACAUGAACAUUUGUGCUUCAAAUCCAACAGAUGGAAAGCUUUUCAAUUCAUGUCUAGAUGUAGCUGCAAGACAAUUCUUGAAAGGACAUGACGUUACAGAUAUAUUGGAGAGUCCUCAGAAGACAACAGGAUUCCAGAUAGACAAUUCUAAGGACACUAAUAUGCAUACUGAUAUUUCCCAGCUACAUUAUCAACGAAGAGAUCAGCCAUCGUUAAACUCCCAGAAGCUGUUCAUGCCUGAAAAUGAUGAUAAUGAUAAGUAUAAACGACAUCUAACAUUGGCAUGGUUCAGACGUUUCCUCCGGAGGCAUUCAUCACACUUUACGCGUUUAUCGGUUAUUCGACGAAAUCGUCUUAUUCUAUUAAUUAUGUGUUGUAUAAUAUGUAUUUUCCUACUGGGUUUUUAUGGUUCUCAACCGAAGGAUAUCACUGGUGAUCCAUUAUUAGAUCCUCAUAUGAAUCCAAAUAUUCAUUUUAAUCUGGAACCCAUAGCUUCAAUAAAAGAAGUCUUGAAUAAUAAUCUUAAUAAAGAUAGAGAUAGACGUGUUAUUGAUGGGUUGAAUGAAGCCUAAUUAUUCAGUAAGAUGGUAAUUUUUUUUAAACACUAGCUUCCUUAUUGUGAUUCGAAUCAAUGGACAGUUUAGCUUAAUGUAACUAAUCAUUUUAUCUUUUAUUGUCCAGUUUAUAAUUUUUCUUAUUUCUUGUUAUUAAAAUCGUUAGACGUUUUUAAACUUUGAAUAGACGACUUACUAUUCAUCUUCUGUUUAGUUAGGUUCGAAUGUACAUGUUUGAUUGUCAGUCAAUCGUAUAUUCUGAUAUUUUUUUAUACUUUUCCUACUCACUCCUGAUUAUCAUUAAUGUAAUACUAUCUUUGUUUGACCUUAUUUUAAUGACUGUAUGCUGGUGAAUAGUGGUUAAUACGAGUUCCUUUAUGGUUUAAUAACCCCCCGUAACUUCUUAUCUGAUAAGAACUGAUAUUCAGGUUUGUGCUUGUGUGUCCCUGAGUUUUUUCCCAGCGAAUAUAUAGUAUCCAACAUCCAUCUAGGUUUUGUAUUGGUAAUCUGAUCUGUACAAGAUAUUUUAAAAUAUUUAAAAGAUCA